AUGCUGUUUCCUAUCUUGUCUUCAUUUCUAAUCAUAAAUCUAUUUGAUUUAUCGAUUGCGAAAAAACAAAAACAGAUCAAUAUUAAAUGUGCUGAUUUACGUGUGGGACAAUAUCGUUGUCAACAUCCAAAAAUCGAUGAAAAAACACAAGAACCUGUCGGUUGUGAACGACACCCUUUUCUAUUGAACGGUGAAGAAGAAUAUAUUGAUACAGCUCCUAUUAGUUGUUAUACAGCUCCGAAAAUAAUAUGUCAAGGAGGCAUUUAUAAUGAAACUCUCGAUGGAUAUAUUUUCGAAAGACGUAAAUCAUGUCGAUGGACAAAUGGAAAAUAUUAUCGUACAACAUUAAUUUUAUCAUUGUUUUUAGGCAUUUUUGGUAUUGAUCGAAUUUAUUUGGGAUAUUAUGUUAGCGGUUUGUUGAAAUUAUUUACGUGUGGUUUUAUGUUCGUUGGUACUCUGGUCGAUUUUUUAUUAAUUGCACUUCAAGUUCUCACACCGGCCGAUGGUUCACACUAUAUUGUUGAUUAUUAUGGGCCUCGCAUUUUAUGGACAGAAUUUAAUGAAAAUCGGACUUACUUGAAACCACAAAAUUAUUAA